GCCACGUUCGCAUUCUCUCACCCAAGCGGCUAUAAAUUGGCCACAACACACAGCCAUUGGUAUCAUCACCUGCCUGCCGAACUAUAGUCCCAACAAACUUCUUGUACAUCCCAUAAUUAAGCACACCAACAGAACCAUCGUUUUAUUGCUCGUAGCAAUGGCCGCCCAACAAUCACCAGCAGCAGCAGCAGCUCAAACUCUGGAAAUGUUCCAUCCAAGUGUGUGGGGUGACUUCUUUCUCACUAAUCCCUCCCAAACCCAACAGACUGUGAGCGGCUGGAAUGUGCAAGUUUUGGCGCUGAAACAAGAUGUGGAGAGGAUGCUGAGAGCUACGUCGGAGAAGCCUGCUCAGAAGCUGAGUUUCAUCGACGUCGUACAGAGGCUGGGCAUUGGCUACCUUUUCGAAACCGAGAUCGAUCACCAAAUCAAGCUUAUUUAUCAUGAUCACCAUUCUUCUUCCCGUAGUGAUGAUGGCGUCGAGGGUACUGAUAUCUCCGCUGUUUCGCUUCGUUUUCGACUGAUGCGGCAGCACGGAUACCACGUCCCAUCUGAUGUGUUCAACAAGUUCAAGGACAUAGAUGGCAAGUUCAAGUCCGAGCUGUCGAGUGACAUGGAAGGCAUCUUAAGCUUGUACGAAGCUGCCCAUCUAGGCGUGCCAGGGGAGAACAUACUAGACGAGGCUAUCGACUUCACCACGACUUGUCUUCUCAAGUACGUUGCUGAGCAUUUGGAUUCCGAUGAAGCUCUAGCUGAACGAGUGAGUCAUGCUCUGAAGCGGCCGCUACGCAAAGGAGUGGAGAAGCAGGAGCAGCUCUUCUUCAUCUCCAUGUAUGAACAAGACAGAAACCACGAUCCCACUCUUCUCGGGCUAGCCAAGCUGUGCUUCAACGUUGUCCAGGACUUGUACCAGAAGGAGCUCAGGGCCCUUACCAAGUGAGUAUAAUAAACUACUUAAUUAAAACCGGAGAUCAGAUGAGUGGAUAAGAUACACAUCGACACUACUCCCAUAGAGAUAACAAAAAUAACCUCCACCUCUCGUUUCCCAUUCCCCUUGGUUGGCCAAACGUAACACACUCACUCAACUCAACUGGUGGCCUGGCCGACAACUUCGUACGAAUGUCAUUAACUCAUAUCAUAUAUAUUUUCGCGUAUCUAGCUAGCUAUUCAUCACCUUGGCAUCUAGCCCUUAACGUUUGUUGCCUACAACCAUACCAUCAGGUGGUGGGUGGAGUUGGACCUUGCGAGCAAGUUGCCUUUCGCUAGAGACAGGCUAGUGGAGGUCUACUUGUGGUCAUUAGCAACCAUGUGGGAACCCAAACACUCCCUCUCUCGCCACUUCCUCACCAAGGUCACCGUCCUCGUCUCCACCCUCGACGACAUCUACGACGUCAAGGCCACCAUCGACGAGCUCGAGCUCUUCACCGCCGCCAUCUCCAGCUGGGGGAAGGCCAACGUCGAUGAUCAAUAUGAUCAUCUGCCGGAGUACAUGGUCCAUUGGAUGGAAGCCAUGGCCAGCGUGGUGGAUGGGAUUGACGAGAUCGCUUCGAGAGAGGGAAGGGGAUACUGCGCGGAGUAUGCAAGACUAGCGGUGAGGAAUCAAGCCAAGGCUUAUCUGAGUGAAGCCAGGUGGCUGGCGGAGAAGGUGGUGCCGAGCGUGGACGAAUACAGGCGCGUGGGGAUCUACUCCUGCUGCUACCCUCUGCUUGCAGUUGCAGCGUUGUGCGGGAUGGAUGAGACGACUAUGGCUUCCUUCGAUUGGCUGCUUGACGAUCCUGCCAUUCUCGUCGCUUCCUCGGAUAUGUGCCGUCUCAUGGACGAUGUGGUGUCGCAUGAGUUUGAGCAAGAGAGGGGGCAUGUCGCGUCGUCGGUGGAGUGUUACAUGAAGCAAUAUGGGGUGGGGAAGGUGGAGGCACGCGAGGCCAUUAACAAGAUGAUUGAGGAGGAUUGGAAGAUGAUCAACCAGGAACUGCUUGUGAAACAGUCGUCCAAGGACAUUAUUGGGUUAGAGUUUAGACCGGCGAAACAAGUUAUGUCCGUGUUUCUGGGUCUCGCACGUGUGAUGGAUGUGUUGUACAAGGAUUCUGAUGGCUACACGCACGCCAACAAAGACACCAAGGACAUCAUCACUGCUUUGCUCGUCACUCCAAUGAUCAUUUGAAUCGUCUUAUCACGAGUUUGAUCUGCAUAUGCAUGAUUGAUGCCUACAUAUAUAUAUAUUGGAGAUAUGUAUCAUCAUUUAUCUGAUAUAGUAAUCUCUUUUAACAUGUUUGAUAUGUUUCUUUCUACAAUAUUGUGGUCAUUAUAUAUUACUAGAUCUCAUAGCCUACACUCCGCGGCGGGACUUGUUUUCAUAUGUGAACUAUAUAAUGAUUAAAUAGCUGGCUGGAGUUUCGUGUGACACAACAUAGUUAAUUUUUGUAAGUUCUUCAAAAUCGUGCUAGGAGAUUCUCCUCAUAGCUCAAGUCCAUAAACACUUCCAUU